UGAAAGCGUCUGUUGAACCACAGCCUUCGUAAGAAUCGUGUCGGCUCGCUAUAAGCUCUUAGUAUAAUAUUAGCCGUCUGGGUAAUUUCUGGCCGGGAAACUGUUUGGACAAUCACAAUAUGCUAAUAGUAACCUAUCAUUUACUAAACUGAUAUUUGUUUGGUACUUUCACAUGUGUUUGGAUAUAAAACUUGAUAACAAAGCGCGUGUUUCUUCAAAACAAGAUAACAUCGUUUCUUCUGAAAUCACCCGUACAGUCAUCCAAUACACCAAUAUGUUUCGGUCUGAGCUAAGCGUUCCCAUAAAACGCGACGACAUGAGCUUUCACGACAGACAGAUGAAAGUGUGGGGAGACAUGGAGACAAAGAUGGAGCGAAGGAAGAGAGAAUGGAACGAUGACUUCGAUAAGAUGAGAGACGAAUUCUUUACUUUAAAGCCUGGUCUUGCCGAUCGUCGCGCGAGUACUAUCGGCCCCGACAAACUCGGAACACUUCAGACUUUGUAUGACACAGACGCUGAAGGACACAAGAGCUUCAAAGUAAGGUUCGAUGUAAGUGAAUUUAAACCGGAUGAAAUACAAGUCAAAGUACAGGACAACAGAGUAAUCGUGUACGCAAAGCACGAAGAGCGAACCAAUAACCAAACGGUAAGCCGCGAAUACAGUCGACAGGUCGAUAUACCACAGAACGUUGACCAGGAGCGAUUGCAGUGCGUCCUUAGUAGGGACGGAAUCCUCACGGUGGAUGGCCCUGUGUUCAGCAACCAGCUGGUCCCUGCACAUGUGUUGCCCAUACAGCAAUCGGUGAGCAAUUCCGUCCAAUCUCCUGACAGAACCCUUCAGCUGGCUACCCCUGUUAAAAAUCCGAUAAUUACUGAACCCGAUGGAACAAGGAAACUACGUCUCACUGUUGAUGCCGGCGAAUUUCGCCCAGAGGAGCUCGUGGUUAAGACUAUGGACAAGAAACUGGUAGUUCACGCGGAACAUGUUGAAAAGUCGGCCGGAAAAACUCUUCACAAGGAAUUCAAUAAAGAGUACGAAUUACCCGACAGCGUAGAUCAGUCCGCCAUAACAGCGUAUAUUGGCGACGAAGGGAAGCUGAUAAUCGAGGCACCUAUAAAGAACCAGGUACGAAAGUAUUCUGUGACACAGAGCCAAGAUGUGAGAAAAGUUGUUGUCACCAAGGAAUCUUCGGUUACUAUCAAUGACUCUCAAAACAGACCGAUGAUCACAAUUAAUGUGCAUCCAAGGUAAAGGGCUCUUUGGAUUCAUUGACACUUGUUUAACUUGGAUCACAAAUAACAACUUGAAGCAAUUAAACAAUGUCACAUUAGUGAGUGUUGUCAGCCAAAGUACAGAGCCGUGAAAAUAAAACUGUUCAUCAAUAAAAGCAUGUUGACGAAAAAGAAAAAUAGCAGGUCGCUUAUUAGCAUACGUUGUAUGAUUUUGAUGAAUUAUUUAUAAUUAUACAUGACAUAUAUAUAUAAGAAGUUAAAUACUUAGAAUAAUGUAGGCUGCUUUUUAAAUGUUUAGCUUCGAGGUACAUGCGUUAUUUGUGUAUAAUAUGAGCUUCAUGGAUGCGUACGAACAUACGUAAUAUUUGUCGAUUGGUACCAGGGCCCGUAUUCACCAAACAAUUCUUAGACUUAAGUCUAAGAAUAAAAAAAAUUCUUUAAAUUAGAAUAUUCAAUAAUUUCUUAAAUUUUGGAUCAAACUCUGCAGUAAACAACUCUUUCUAUAUUAUUUUUCACAUAGAACAUUUUGUUAAUGACAUAAUCAGCAGUGAAGGCCUGUAUAUAUUCAAACACUGAACACAUUUUUUUGGAUCUAAGUCUAUUCUUUAUUCUUAAGUCUAAGAAUCGGUUGGUGAAUACGGGCCUGGAUCUAGAGAUAUUUGAACGUAAAUAAGUGCGAUUUACGUUGACGUUUUGUGUAUUUAGUUUAAGUUUGAAAUACAGAGGUGAUGAGUUAACGUCAACCAUUUAGAGAAAUGUGACAACAUGGUGUGUGCUUUGCACAAACACGGAUGAGAUUAAACGUGCACUAGGACAAAGAAACAUAUAAAAUUAUUUCUUCUUUGAAAUUUAUAGAAACUUAUUAGUAAAACAAAACAUUUAUUGAUUUUUUUACAACUGCGGAAACACGAGAUUAAACCAUUUAUGUCUAGCGUCUAGAAAAAGGCAUUGGCAAACAGCGUAGACCCAGAUGAGACGCCGCGGCGUCUCAUCUGGGUCUGCGCUGUUUGCUUAAAGGAAUUUCGGUAAGAAAUAUUUCUAAUAUAGAAAUAAUUUUGGAAUUAAAUUGAUCCUAUUUAGAAGGAUGGGAGAGUCCACUAGGCAUAAAUGGGUUAAAUUUUACUGGUUGCUUUGUUUGCAUGUUACUUGCUAUGAAGCAUAAAUAAACCUCACGUCAUGUUUGUAAGUUCACUGUUUUCAUCUAAUGUCAUUACGGUUCAAUUUUAAGUAAUGCACAAUACUUAAUGGUGUUUAUAAGAAACAAUUAACGGCAGUGGAACGUUCAUGCAAAUGCAUUUCUUAGAAAGACGGUUUGAGUAAAAUGACAAUAGUUAUCACGUUUCCACUUCUCUCGAUACCUUGAAACGUAAUAAUAAUAUACAUCUUUAAAGCGCUUGAAUCGAAAUUCUAUUAUCCAGUUAUAAAUUGCUGUAGACAAACGACGGUAAGUAGUAAUAGGAGUGUUAUCAAAUGAUUAGUACUAACGGACUUCCUUCUUCAAUUCAUACACAUCACUUCUCCUAACCCUAUGUUAUUUGACUGGAAACUAUUAGAGUACACUAUUAUUUAAAAUGAUGACUUUGGAACUGUUAAAGUUAACCCUAAAACAAUUAUUUGAUCCGUUAUUGUCUUUUACCAUUUAUCUUAUCUGUGUUAAUCUUGUUUGAUGCCAACUAGCAAACAGGUAUUUGUUUGUAAGAUAAAUGAAUGUGAACAUAG